AUGGUCUCUAGACUUAAAGGAGCUUUAGGAGAACUGGUUACUCCAAAUCAAAGCACUUUUGUGGGAGGGCGUCUCAUUCAGGACAAUAUAAUUAUUGCUCAAGAAGCCUUCUAUGGCUUGAAGCACAGGGGGGCUGAGCUUAAAGAGUUCAUUGCAGUGAAGAUGGACCUUAGUAAGGCCUAUGAUUGCCUUGAAUGGCCUUUUCUUAAAAGCAUUUUACAGGCCUACGGCUUCCAUGAUAAGUGGGUUGCUCAAGUGAUGAGUAUUGUGAAGGGGGUAUCUUACAGAUAUAAGAUUAAUGGUUUUGUCAGUGAAAGCCUUACCCCGGAAAGGGGUCUUAGACAAGGUGACCCCUUGUCUCCGUAUUUGUUUGUCUUGGCAGCUGAUGUUCUCUCUCAUUUGCUCCUAAAAGCUCAAUCUGAAGGAAGGCUAAAAGGUAUUCAGCUUGCUCCCACUGCCCCUUGUAUAACCCACCUUCUUUUUGCGGAUGACUCCCUCCUCUUUGCUCGGGCUCACCCUCAAGAGUUGUACCAGUUAAUGGAGAUUUUGAAUACUUUCUCACUAGCCUCUGGUCAAAGGAUAAACACAGCCAAAUCUGGAAUUAUUUGCAGCCCCCUUCUCCCGGCUCAUAGAAGAAAUCAGAUAGCCUCUAUUCUUAAUAUGCAGAUCUGGACUUCUCCUGGACAAUACCUAGGCCUCCCUGGCAUUUGGGGGAGAAACAGAACUACUGCGCUUGCUUGGGUAAAGGAUAGAAUCUUGGGUAAAUUGGAAGGUUGGAAGGAAACUAUGUUAAAUCAAGCUGGGAAGGAAGUGUUGAUUAAAUCUGUUAUUCAGGCAAUCCCCUCCUAUGCCAUGGCGAUUGUGCAAUUUCCUAAGUCCUUUUGUUUGUCCCUUCAUGCUAUUGUGUCUCGGUUCUGGUGGAGGGGUUAUAAAAAAGAUCGUGGGAUACAUUGGAGACGUUGGAAUUACAUGUCAAAGAAGAAAAUUGAAGGAGGGCUUGGCUUUAGAGAUUUCCAACACCAAAAUGUUGCUUGUCUUACUAAACAAGCUUGGAGAUUAGAAGAGAACCCUAAUGCUCUUUGGGCCUCUAUCUUAAAGGCUGUUUAUUAUCCUAAUACCAACUUCUUGCAGGCUAGCACGGGCAGAAGGGCUUCCUGGAUGUGGAAGAGUAUAUUAGAAGGCAGGAACUUAUUAAGGAGGAAGGGAAGGUGGUCUAUUGGUAAGGGUGAGACUGCUAGGAUCUGGGGAGAUCCCUGGCUCUGGACAGGGGAAGUAUUAACCACUGAUAAUCAGCAGUUGCAGGAUUGGAAAGUCAAGGAGAUUACCCUGCCCCAAGGAGGGGGGUGGGAUGGGGAAAAGAUAAGAGGAAUUUUUCAGCCCAUGGUAGCACUUAAAAUUUUACAAACUCCAAUUGGCUUGUCAGGAAAUGAAGACAAAUUGAUCUGGCCCCAUGAGAAAAAUGGACAGUACAGCAUCAGAUCAGGCUAUCAGGUAAUCAAAUCAGAAGAUCAAUCCUACCUAAAUGUGGCCUCUACGUCCAAUUGUCUACCUAAAGAACUCUGGAAUUUCAUCUGGUCAGUAAGUGUUCCCCAGAAGAUAAGGAUGUUCAUGUGGAAAGUGUGUUCCAAUGCACUGGCUCUUAAUGAGAAUCUAUUCAAGAGAAGGGUGUCCAGGAACAAGUUCUGUCCAGUUUGUCUUACUGUACCAGAAACGAGUGAGCAUGCAUUCCUACUUUGUCCCUGGACUAGACCUGUGUGGUUUGGCUCAAUCUUUCAAUGGAACAUUUCACCACAAGGGAGAAAUAGGGUAGUCUUCGAUCAUGAAGCACCGAAUCCUAGAGACACUAUUUUGCAGAUCCAACUGAUGAUGAAGGAUAUUCAUCUAUGUAAACCGAUUCAGACAGAGUCACCGGUAGAAAGAGUAUCAACCAUACCUGGGCCUAAAAGAUGGAUCCCUCCUCCCCAUGGGGUGUACAAGGUGAAUACGGAUGCUAGUUGGCUGCCAGGCUCUCCAACAAGUACAACUGGUGUGAUCAUCCGGUAUGUUGCAGGGAAUUUAAUAGCUGGUAUGUCCACCAGGAGGUUCUCCUUCUCCCCUUUAACCUCUGAAGCUGCUGCGUUAAGAGAGGGAAUUAUUCUGGCAAACAACUUGGGCUUAGAGCAGAUCUGCAUGGAAUCUGAUUGUCUUUCCCUGAUUGAUGCUUGUAAGAACAAAAGAAAACAGGGUGAGACCAAUUCAUAG